AUGCUGGGCGUGAUCAUUGCAUACCCUGCAGGCUGUAAUGUACGCAAGGCGGGGUUGAUCAUCAUCGUCAGCAUCAUCCGCCAGACAGGCGACCACUCUUUUGCAAGUACGCGUCCAAACUCAUUUGCCAUACCCGGUCCCAGCAUGCCGCCCAAACGCCGCGCUCCUCCACCAGCCGCCGCUGCGCCCAAGCCAGCACGCUCCAAACUCGCAAAGGAGAACAACAUCACAGACGCACAGGUCCACGAGAUCACAGAGGCCUUCAAUCUCUUUGCGACAAGAGCGCCAAUCGAACAGGCCGAGCAUGACCAUGAUGAAGAGGACGCAGACGAGGUGCUCGGGACUGGACGGCGGCGGAGGAAAGGGAAGGGCAAGGCGAAAGAAGUAGAAGCCGAGGAAGCGCUCCGAAGAGAAGAUGUACGACGGUGUCUGAUAGCACUCAACCUGAGCGUAUCCUCGCGCGAACUGCCAGAGCUCUUCGAAACACUUGAUCCCACCGAGACGGGAUACAUCACUUUCGGGCCUUUCCUUGCGUACGCAGCUCUACUGCUGAAUAACCGGCCAGAUGACGGGUCAGACGCCGAACAAGAAGAGGCACAGGACGAGGAAAUCGAGCAUGCUUGGCAAUUAUUCACCCAUGGGCACGACGGGCCAAUCACGAUGGCGCAUCUGAAGCUUGUGGCGAGGGAGCUGAAGGAGGAGGUUCCCGAUGAGGUGUUGAAGGAUAUGAUUCUGGUCGCGAAUGGGGACCAGGGAAACAACGGGGUCAAAAAGGGAGUAAAGAGAGAUGAGUUCGUGGGAGUCAUGAGAAGGGCUGGUGUUUUUGGAUGA